AUGACUGAAAGUCGACAGCACUCUCUGUGUGGUGACCUGGUGCUGGGCCGCUGGGGGAACUACAGCUCUGGAGACUGCUUCAUCCUGGCCUCUGACUACCUCAACGCCUUCGUUCACCUCAUCGAGAUUGGCAACGGCUUGGUCACCUUCCAUCUCCGAGGCUUGGAGUUCAGAGGUACAUACUGCCAGCAGAGGGAGGUAGAGGCCAUCACUGAGGGGGUGGAGGAGGACGAUUCCUGUUGCUGCUGUGAGCCGGGCCACCUGCCAAACGUCCUGUCCUGCAACGCGGCCUUUAACCUGCGAUGGCUGGCCUGGGAGGUCACCACCACCAAGUACCUGCUGGAGGGCUACAGCAUCAGCGAGAACAACGCUGCCACCAUGCUGCAGGUGUACGACCUGCGCAAACUGCUCGUCAGCUACUAUCUGAAGAGCAUAAUCUACUACCUGAUCCAGUCCCUGAAGCUACAGACGUGGAUCAAGGAUCCCUCUAUCACGAAGGCUCUGGUGUCCUACACCAAGUGGCACCACAUAGAGAGAGACCCGGCCGUGCUCAGCAUUAAGAUAGACGAGGACUACGUCCACUGCCUCCAGGGCGUCACCAGGGCCAGCUUCUGUAACAUCUAUCUGGAGUGGAUCCAGUACUGUGCCAACAAACUGGAGGAGCCUGUGGACUGUGACGAGGACUCCCCUCUGGCCACUCUGUGCUAUGCCUUGUCUGUGCUGGGCAGGAGAUCCUUGGGGACUGCAUCUCACAACAUGUCCAACAGGGGAACCUUCCAUAACU